UGAAGAUAAACAGACGCACGCCAUGCGGACGUUCAGUGAUGUCAACCUUACGGGUCAUUUAGCAAACAAUACGUGUAUUUAAAGGACGCAUCUGCUCUGUAAGCUUCACUCCUUGUGUCUGUACGACUCAGACUGUAUCAAAAGUCGCUCAGUCUGACAAACACUUUCUCUCAGGAUGGUGUCAUACAAACGGCUGAACCCUGAAGAUGUUCAGUUUUCCAGGGAAGUUUUGUCAGAAGAGCCUCGUCCCGUUCAUGAAGAAGUUCCGGUGCGGGAGCCAGAGGAAGCCUCCUUGCUUCCACGAGGGCCGCGAUGCUCCGUCACCACCGGCCUCCUGGUGAUCGCCGCCCUGCUGCUGCUCCUCUGCGGAGGCUGGUUACUGGGCACCAUGUUCUGGCUGCACCGUCCGUCCAACCAGCAGCCUCACGGGCCCCCGUCGCCGGCCGCUGCUCCAACACCGGGCCCUCAGGUAGAAACCAGGGUCAACGACACUGCAGCUGCUUCACGCCGCGGCGCCUGCCGUUUGAUCCCUGAGGCGUGGAGGUUCGACUGCUACCCGGAAGCCGUGGUGGUGACCCGAGAGAUGUGUGAGGCGAGGAGCUGCUGCUUCAUCCCCGCCUCCUCUUCACCCUCCUCCUCUGCCUCCCGCCCAUCGGGGAGAAACGGCAUCCCGUGGUGUUUCUAUCCUCAGGACUUCCCUUCCUACUCGCUCGUCUCGGUGAACGACACGUCGCUGGGGCAGAAAGGAACGCUGGUCAGGGAGGUGAAGACCUACUACCCAGCAGACGUCCUCACUCUGGAGGUGGAGAUACGUCACGAGACAGGACAACGGCUACGUGUCAGGAUUACCGACCCCUCUGACUCGAGGUUCGAGGUUCCGAUCUCUGUUCCCGCUGCCACCAAGAAGGCGGAAAGUCCAGACUACGUCGUGGAGCUCUCAAAGCAGCCGUUUGGUCUCAUGGUGAAGAGGAGAUCCACGGGAGCAGUGCUUAUCAACACCACAGUGGCUCCUCUCUUCUACGCCGAUCAGUUCCUCCAGAUCUCCACCUCCCUGCAGAGUCAGUUCAUUUACGGCCUCGGCGAGCAUCGCUCCACCUUCCUGCACGACGUGCACUGGAACACGCUCACCAUGUGGGCCAGAGAUGUUCCUCCUAUGGAGCUGACCAACCUGUAUGGAGCUCAUCCCUUUUACCUGGCGAUGGAGGACGGAGGCAACGCACACGGCUUCUUCCUGCUGAACAGCAACGCGAUGGAUGUGGUCCUCCAGCCGGCCCCGGCCCUCACCUGGCGCACUAUCGGUGGAAUCCUUGACUUUUACGUUUUCCUUGGUCCGGAUCCUGCGUCUGUGAUUGAACAGUAUGUGGAGGUCAUAGGCUACCCAUCGAUGCCCAUCUACUGGGCUUUAGGCUACCAUCUCUGUCGCUGGGGUUACAACACCAGCAACUCCACCUGGGAGGUUGUCAAGAGCCUGAGGAAUUAUGGGAUACCCCAGGACGUCCAGUGGAACGAUAUCGACUACAUGGACCAAUUCAUGGACUUUACUUUUGACCCGACAAAGUUCAGCACGCUGCCGGAUCUGGUGAAGGACCUGCACCAUCACGACCAGCGCUACGUCAUGAUCCUGGAUCCAGGUAUCAGCAGCUCGCAGCCCGAGGGCUCCUACUGGCCGUACGACGAAGGGCUGAAGAGAGACGUUUUUAUUAAAGAUGCCGACGGAAAAACACUCAUCGGGAAGGUGUGGCCCGGUCUGACGGCGUAUCCGGAUUUCUCUGAUGACGCGACACACGAUUGGUGGUACGAAAACCUUAAGAGGUUCCACGAGAAGGUUCCAUUUGAUGGAUUAUGGAUUGACAUGAACGAGCCGUCAAACUUCCUGGACGGCUCCACCAACGGUUGUCCAUCGAACAGUCUUGAAAAUCCUCCUUAUACACCAGGUGUACUUGGAGGUUUGCUGAGAGGUAAAACUGUGUGCGCCACUGCACAGCAGAAGCAGUCCAUUCACUACAACAUGCACAGCCUCUAUGGACUCAUGGAGGCUAAGGCGUCUGCAAGCGCUCUGAAGAGGAUUCUGGGAAAGAGACCUUUUGUGAUCUCCCGCUCCACCUUCCCCAGUCAUGGGAUGUACUCCGGUCACUGGCUGGGAGACAACAGGAGCCAGUGGAAAGAUCUGUACACCUCGAUAGCAGGUAUGUUGACCUUUAACCUUCUUGGCAUCCCGUUGGUGGGAGCAGAUAUCUGUGGCUUCAGCGAGGAGCCUCAGGAGGAACUCUGUGUCCGCUGGACGCAGCUGGGAGCUUUCUAUCCCUUCACACGCAACCACAACGCCAUCGACAUGAAGCCUCAGGACCCGACAGCGUUCAGCCCUCUGGCUCGUACGGCCAUGAAGCAGGCUCUGCUGCUGCGUUACUCCCUCUUCCCCGUCCUGUACACUCUCUUCCAUCAUGCACAUGUAAACGGACACACUGUCGCACGGCCAUUAAUGUUUGAGUUCCCAAAAGAUGUAAAAACAUAUGGGAUUGACAAACAGUUCUUGUGGGGGAAGAGUUUAUUGGUGACACCAGUGAUCGAUCCGGGAGUCGACUAUGUGGAUGGUUACUUCCCAGAGGGUCUGUGGUAUGACUACUACACGGGCGACUCUCUGCACAGUAGGGGUGAAGACCUUCGACUCAAUGCACCUCUAGACAAGAUCAACCUGCAUUUGCGUGAGGGCUCCAUUACACCAACACAGGCUCCCAACCUGACGCUGUGGGUGAGCAGCGGUCAGCCUCUCCACCUGGUCUCGGCUCUGUCCGACGACGGCUCGGCCAGCGGAGAUCUGUUCUGGGACGACGGAGAGACCAUCGACACCUACGAGAACAACCUGUACUCCUACAUCGUCUUUGACGUCGCUAAGAACGUGAUGACAUCACAGGUGCUCCAUAGCAACGUGGAGACCACGUACAUCACCGUGGAGACGGCCUCCUUCUACGGUGUGAAACAGGAGCCGAGCAGAGUGCUGGUGAACUCCAGAGAUGCGGCGUUCAACUACAGAGCCAACCAGGUGUUGACAGUUGCAGAUCUCGGUCUCAUCCUCAGUCAGAACUUCACCAUCAGCUGGAUGUAAAGAAUCACAUGUUUUUAUUUUCCUGUUGAAGUCACGAGCUGGCACACGGUGCAGUCUUUAUGUUUAAGGACAGCGAUGUUUUGUCUCUGUAGUCCAGAACAUCAGAGGUUAACUUGCUUUGUUUUGGGUGAACAGCGCAGGACUUGUAGAAAGUCAGCAUUUUAAUCUCAGAGUCAUCGUUGCGUUUCAUAUCUUAUGUGCUGGAGUACAGAAACAAAAUGUGCCGUCUUUUUAGGAAAGAGGAACAGAAAAAAAGGUUCUCUGAAGCGAGUCAAGUUUGUUUUAAUUUGUAGUGUUGCGUUUAAAAAAAAAUGGACAAAAACACAUGAAACUACAAUACACAACUAUUGACCUAGAGUAGCCUGGACACUGCUUUAAAUAUCUGUGUGGAAAAUCUAAUUUAAUGCCUGAUAAUUUAUCGCUGAACUCUCAUCUGAUUUAAUGAAAAAGCUUUUUUUAGUUUCGCUUUUAUUUCAGUUCAUAAAUCAAAUCUGCACUUUUUAAAAGAUUCUCAUCAGCGGAAAGGUUUUGUGCAAUAAGUGAAAUAGAGGAUGAUCCACAAAUGUGAGCGUGAACAGAGUUCAUGAUGUCAUGCAUUGUAUGUGCUUUAAUGCUAUUUACAGCUUAUUUUUGCACUAAUUGGUACUGCAGUGUUGUAAAAGCGGCUACAGGUGCCUUAUGAUUCCUGUUUGUGAGCGUUUCUGGGUUUGUACCAAAUGAUCCUUUUGUUCAGCGUUACAUUUUAAAGCCUGUUUUUAACUUCUGAUGACCACGGUACUGCUGUGCACGAGGAUAACUUUAAUUUUAAUAAGUACAGUGCACUAGUCCAGCCAUAUGUGUUCUGCAAUCAUUUUACUUUGAAUUCUCUGGUUUCCUCUGACGGCAGAAUGCAAAUAAAACCUGAAGCAAAAUACAUUUCAAGUUUUUAAGAUCAGCAAAGUUCCUUUAUUCUGCUUACAUUUUUCCAGCUUCAAGGUAAAAAUGUAAGCAGAAUAAAGGAACUUUGCUGAUCUUAAAAUUGGAUCGUAGUUUUUCUUACAGAACGCCAGCUGUGAAAACCGUCGAUGCAUGUGUGCUGUAACGCAAACGACACAAAACCCCCAAAUAUUUGUAAGCAUGUAAAGAUACCGAAACUGAGUAUAUUUUACUGUCUUUUGCGUUAAGGUAACUGAAAUUGUGACAGAAAAAUGCAGUAUUUCAUCAUUUAUUUGUGUGUUUUAUUUUUUUGUUUUAUUGCUUGAAUUUAAUUCUAAUAAAAAGAUGAAAAAU